UCUGACGUCUUCCAGUUUUUCGUACCACGACAGACCCUCAGGCUGCAUGCCGUUGCGCUAUGAGUUAAUGUAUUUCACACGCCCCGUUUGGUGGAUGAUUGAGGGAUGAGUGAGUCGGCAUCGAAGCGGCAGAGGCGGUCGGCGGAGAGAGAAGAGGAUGACUCGAAUGACGGACACCAGGAGGCCGUGAUGGACACCGACGGCCAGCAGCAGCAGCAGCAGCAGCAGCCGGCGGCCACAGCAUCGCACACCACACACAGCAUAGACCUGGAGGCCUUCGCACAGCAAUUCAGCCAAAUCGUAAGAUGCACCGAAGGAAACACUGGCAAACACAUCCUCACUGUCUGCUCUCUCUGUGUCUGUGUGGUGUGUGUUGUCCGCUCAGCCGGUUGUCGUCGCCAACGUCUUUUCUUUCGUGUCGCUUCAUUUGGUGGCGGCGCUGCCCCAGCGGCUGUGGUGCCACGUCGGCUGCCAGAUCACCCAGCUGGUCAUGGACACCCACGACACGGCCGAGCGGCGCUUCUGGUGCGGCCUCUCAUUCGCUGACGCCUUCGAGUGGGGCCGGCGGCUCACACGGCUCAGGUCCAUUGUCGUCAAGUACCCCUGGACCUUGACGCUCCCUGGUCGGCAGCGACACACUUAUGAGUACCGCAAUCUGUCGCCGGUGAUCGAGAAGCUCGUCACGGCAUUGGUGGAGGGGCACAGUGAGGGGCGGAGAGGCGCAGCGGCCACAGCAGCCGGGCAGCCGGCGCCAACCACCUUGGAGUCCAUCGACAUCAGCGAGGGAUCGAUCAUAACCGGCGACAAGGCCGAGGGCCGCGAUAUCCGAGCUGCGACAGAGCCGUCGGCGGCUCUCUCCCCGCCCCUCAACCCGCCCCCCACCCUCACAUCCCUCACGUCCAUUAUGAUCCCGGGAUAUGGGCCCUCCUGUCCCGGCCACGGGCGCCACUGGCAGCUGCCGUCGCUUGAGACAGUCCAGGUGGUGCGAGGGACGGUGUAUCCGGAGAUGUUGGGGGGGCUGGUGGCCACGUCACGGUGCCUCAAGGAGCUGCACGUGGAAUGCAGUACUUACGCCAUGGCGGACUCGCUGCGGCGCAUCCCCACGGCCACGGCCGGCCAGCCGGGGCCGCUGUCACAGCUGGAGGACAUCGGGACCCUCAGGAUGUCUAGCGCUGAUAGUCUGGAGGGUCUUCAGGUAUGCGACGAACGAAACAAGAUUCACAAAAUCAGAGAGAGUGGGCGAGAGCUUCUUUGUGAUGUGCGUGUCUAUGUGUAGGCCGUCCUCGUCGACCGUGGCUGCCGCUCCAUCAAGAAGCUCAGCGUCAAGCUCGAGGGCUCCUACAUCACAAGCAGCAUCUUCGCGACCCUCUCGGCCAUCGAGAGCUUCGCCCGUGCCGUCUGUGUGAGCCCCGACAUCGUCGACAUCAAGAGGGCAGAUGACUUCGACCUGUCCCUCCUCUGCGACGUCCCCACCCGCCCGGAGCCCUCACUCUUCGUGCAGAAGCACAUCCAGCAGCUGGCAGCCGGCGCAGCCUGUGUGGCCUUCGACGUCGACCCCCAGCACUUCGCCACCCCUCUCGACACGCCCAGCCCCGCUGCCAUCGUCCUCGCACAGUGCCUGACCUUCCCCAACGUGAAGGAUGUGGCGGUGGUGGACCAGGACGAUUGGGAGCCUGACGAUGACGGCGAACUCGACGUUUACGCCGGCGACGAGCUCGACGAUGACGCCGGACAGCCCGACCCACUUGUGCUGGACAGCAUACCCGACAAUGCAUUCCCGGACGCAUCAGGUCUCCGGUGCCACAGCCGCAAGGGGCUCGCGAUUGGCCGCAGGCUGCUGACCAAGAUGCCGGCGGUCAAACGCAUUACACUGGGGAGGUCGACAGAGGAGCAAGCGGUGGGGAUGCUGCAGGCGGUGGGUGGGGAGAGGGACCUCGAGUGUUUUGAGGCCACAAGCGUGACUGGCGUGGGUGAGGGGGGACUGACGUGGGGCGACAUGGCCGACCAGCUGCCGACCAUCAAACGGCUGGAUCUUCGUGUAGAAGGUGAGCUGCCACCUAUCGCCUCCAUUCACAUGCACGCCCAUUGUGUCUUGUAUGUGCCCGUCUGUCUGCCCAUUGGAUGUCAUGUCUGCCUUCCUGUCUGUGUGCAGUGCCUGAGGAUUUGGGCGAUGGCGAUGCCGCUGGCGAGUUCGGCAUUGCCUGCGUCAAGUCGCUGCUCAAGAUCCGCGGCAUCGAGGAGCUCAAGUUCGCGGUGCGGCCAGCCGAUACCUUCAAGCGGCUGGUGGAGGAACGAACCAAUGGCGACACCAUCGAGGGGCUGGAGGGGCGGUUCGACAUCGAGUGGGGCUGGACGGAUGUACAUGAUGAGCGGAGUGAUGGCGAUGCCAUUGAGGGGCUGGAGGCCCGGUAUGGCAUCCGCUGGGAGGGAGAUGAGGAAGAUGCGCUCACUCUUAAACCACUCGGCACCUGACGACAAUUCUACAGGUACGGUUUGGCUGUCUUGUAUACGCGCGCGUGUCCACUGCCGGUGGUGUCUGUUGGGCUGUAUGUUUGCCUGUCAGGUCGGCCCAUGUCAGCUGAUGCGUAGAAUAGAAUGAGGUGCAGAGGGAGGGAUGUGGGGGUGCCAUGAUGGCGGGAUGCUCUCAUGCGUGGCCGCUGUGGGGUGGACUAAGUAAGCUGCAUCGCUCGUCGAUGAAUGCGUGCUGGUG